GUGGAGUCUGUCAACCCCGCGUUCUCCAAACUGUAACAAGUCAUCACAACAUCCCCUUGAAUUCACAACUCGUCGUCGGAUCGAUCUUGUGUGUGAUCGGUGUACCCUGGAGAGUCGCUUUUGAACUUCGUUUUUCAAUCAUUUAAAAAAAGAAUAAUGUCCGGAGAUGCGCAACCAAGUUCCAAUCAACGUGCUACUGAAGCACGGCCACCGCCUUCGCCGCCUUUAGUCAAUGAAAAGGCGGCCAUCGGCGCUCUUUGCGUGGUGUGCGGUGACCGCGCCUGUUCGCACCUCUACUACGGAGUUGCCGCAUGUCACGGAUGCAAGUGUUUUUUCUGGCGAACCGUCAAGAGUAGACUGAACUACGUGUGCCGUUACGGUGGAAACUGCUCGAUUUCCACUGCCGGCCGAAACGCUUGUCGCUACUGCCGUUUUCAUCGCUGUCUAUUCGUUGGAAUGAAAAUUGAAGCUGUGAAAAUGGAUCGUAAGCUGACAAAGCGCAAAAAAGAGAAGACGGACGAAGAUGAUACGGAUGAUGGAGGAAGUCAUGAAAGUUUUGAAACUACGACCGAUGCGAAGCGUGCGAAAUUCGACAAUAGCUUGUUGAUUUCUUCACUUCAAUUAAUUGAUAAAACAUCAUCAGCUGGUAAUGCAAAGCUUUCAACUCUCCAUUUCGUUCAACCAUCACUUCAAAAUCUUCUCGAUGAACCAGAACUUCUUGACGGUUUUCGCUCAGAAAUGAGUUAUCGAGCGACUCGACAGGCCGACGAACAAUUGUGUUACGAUUCUGAACGUCGGUUGGUUACUUGGGCAAUUGACUGGUGUCGUCAGACUGCUGAAAUUGCAGAUGUGCAUCACACGAAUGAUAAGAUCUCCUUACUUCGUGCUUCUUGUGCUCCAUUGGUCCUUUUGGAACUUGGAUGUCAAUCUUCAUUUGGUCCUUCUGAUACACAAAUUCCCUUUUGUAACAACUCUUUUCUUUCUGCUCAUUGUAUACCACCAUCCACAUCGUUUCUUCGUUGGAAAACAAUUCAAUCGUUGAACAAAUGGGCACAACGUGAGCUUAAGCCACUCUGUUUGAGAGCCAAGGAAAUUGUGCUGCUAAAGGCUUUGAUUGCUCUCAAUCCAGAUGCCAACGGUCUAUCCUCAGAUGCUGAAUCGUCAAUCCGAAUGCUCCGUGAACGUGUUCACACCGCUCUUUUCCAGUUGCUCAUGGAGAAUUCAGAGCCAAUUACUGCUGCUUCUCGUCUUGCUCAAAUACUUCUUCUCAUUCCACAACUUUCCUUAAUGGGAGUUGAUGUAAUUGAACAAGUAAAAGUUCGAAACACUUUCAACAAGCGAUCAGCAUUUGGCGAGGGACUCCUCUUCUGGCAACUAUACGGAGAUAUUUUUGAUGAUGCCAAUGAUGACAGUUAUCUCGAACAUUCUGCAUCUUGUAGCCCAACUGACAGCCAAUAUACAACCGACAGCAUUUAAAAAACAGAGUGGAAUCGUCAUUGUCCUGCAAUUAUUUUCCAUUCGUUAAAAAUUAUUUUUGAAUUUGAACUAUUUACUUGAAGAGAUAGUAGGAAAAUUAAAUUUUAAAAACAAUUGUUUUCGAAUGGGAGUAAUGUAGCCAAUGACGAUAUUAUUGAUCUCGGACGACAAAAUAUUUCGAUUAUCAAUUCAAAAACCCGCGAUUUCAAUCGAGCUCCAUCAUCAUUUUUGUAUUUGAUUCUCUUUAUAUUUUAAUUUCAUCUAUCGUCGCCCCAAAUCAUGUCGGGUGAAUGGCCGAGUAGAUCAAAUUUUGACGGAUUUUUAAAUUCCUCGUUUUUUUUUAAUUCGAAAAUCGCAUUAUUUGAUCUGUUCUAUCAAACACUCAUUUUUCUCCCCUUCCACCUCCAAAUUUUCCGUGUUCUGCCUUUUUUCAGAUAUUCUCAUUUUCAUUAAUCUCAAUUGCUAAAUAACCAACCAAUAUUUUCUUUUGUAUUUUAAAUUGCAACGUAUUUUGAAUUGGAACUGCAUAUUAUCUACUGUUUUUUAUUCUUCUUUCUACUUCCCAUCCCUCUACUAUCAGAGACAUAUUUUCAAAAAAUACAAAAAAUACACCUGAAAAUUUUCAGACCAAAAAAAAGAGUGUUUGCUUCUAUCUACUGUUCAUUUGUUUAUUUUGACAUUGUCAUUUUUAUAUUUGAAUAAUAAAAAGCGACACUCAAA